AUGGUUCGUCCAAGGCCUGUCGUCCAAUAUCUUCUCGCCGACCUUCCAACUGACGCCGAAGCCGCACCAACGCAAUCAAUGCUUCCACCCAAACCGAAGAAGGUAAAAAAAGCUCAGCCUAAGGCCAAGGCUACAGAUGCCGAGGCUGAGGAUGCUCUGCCGAUUUCGAAGCUAGCUGAAAGCAAAAAAUCAGCCUCUACUUCAACCAAAAGGUCUGCUGAGGGCCAACCCUCAGGGUCUACACAAACAAAGAGGCCAAGGUCAUCGUCUGCGACGACCUCGGCUUCGAAGAAGCCCGACGUCCCCUGGGCCCCUGAUCUAUCCCUGGAGGAUAGGCCCAUCAUGGCUAGUGAAAGUGCUGACGACAUUAAUGUUGCUGUCGCCCUUAGCACUGCUCUUCUUCUACCAAAUGACUUGGAGCGAAAUAGCAAGCUUAGUGAGUAUGAAAAUUAUGCUCUUAUGCUCCAACAUUCUGCUCAAGCCAUUCAACAUGCCCACUCAUUUGCCAUGCAAUCCUUUGAAAAUCGUCAAAGGUUGGUUGAUAUGAAAAGGGAAGCAUCUUCUAUGAAGAGAGAGAUCAAGUCUCUUGAAGCAAAAAUGAAAAAGUUGGAGGAUCAAGCCGAGGCUGCAACCAAAGUUCAAACUUUAGCUCUUGAGAAAGCCGAAGCUGCUGAGGCCAUUAGAAAAGUUGCCGAGGCCGAGAAAAGAGAGGCCGAGGUUCAGAAGGCCCAAGCGGAGAAAGAACUUUAG